GUUGCCCAGGCUGGUCUUAAACUCCAGACCUCAGACAAUUCUCCUACCUCAGCCUCUCCUGAGUAGCUGGGGCUGUGGGCGAGUAGUCUUCUCCCACCGUGCCUCACUGGUGCUGGGAAAAAAACAGAAAUUAAUUUUCUCAGAGUUCUAGGGACUGGACGUCCCAGGUCAAAGGUCACUGGUUGCCAUCCAGCCUCCUGGCUUGUAGACAGGCCCCCUCUUGUGGCGUUCUCACCUGGGGGAGCGAGAGCUGCGUGGUGUCUUUUCCAGGAGUACUAACCCAGUCACAGGGGCUUUGCACUUAUGACCUCAUCUGAACCUGAUCACCUCCCGGAGGCCCCACCUUCUAAUACCUUCAUAGUGGGAGUUAGGGCUCUAACCUGUGGGUUUUGGGGGACACAGUUCAGUCUGUAGCAGUGGGGCCUGAGCAGGCAGGUGGGAUAUGCCGUCUGAGGCAUCUGUGGAGCCUGACGCUGCGGGACAUUGGAUGCAAACAGCCUGGGACUAGAUGUCAUGUCCUGGGACAGAUGCCCUGCGGGACAUUGGAUGCAAACAGCCUUCUCUGAUGCCAAAGGACUAUAGAUGCUGCUCUGAUUUUGUGUCUAGGGCUUUUCUUGAGCACAACAGAUGUCCUCCUGCGCUGUUGGGAACUCCCAGAGGCUUCGUCUGCACAGAGGAUCAUGGUUUCCAAAGCCAGAUAUCCCUUUUUCCGGAUCAGGAACAGCCCUGGGAGAACAAGUGUCUUCAGAGGCAGUGUCUAGGGUCUCCUGAAAUCAGGCUGCUGAGUCUUUUCUUGCCCUGUGGGUCUCCACCCUGUUCUUUGCCUUUGGGACAGGUCAUGCUGUGGCAGAGAAGCUCAGAGGCUGAGGCCGACUGCUAAAGCAGCGUCUGAAUGUGGCUUGUGCUUGCAGCCAAGAGAGGGUCACCUGUGUGGGGCCGGUGGGAUUCUGACCCCGGAGGCAAGUUCCUGCCUUAACCGGAGGCUCGUUUGAAGCAUCCUGCCCAGGGCAGCGCUGGGGUCUGAGAUCCGAGGACCCUGUCUGCCGGCUACCCGUGCUCAGGAGGCAUCUCCCACAAAUUGUGUUCAGCACCCACCCCAGUCCUGGUCGGUGGACAUCUGUGCGGGGCAGGGAGGGUGAAGUGCAGCUGGUCUGAUAGAAGCGUCUGGCUUCCUUCCAGGCUGCACUGCCUCCCAGCGGGUUGGCCUCACGGGUAACAAGGCCAGAAGCCGCUGUGAGGCUCCCUGGGGCAGUGCCAGCACUGGGGAUUUGGGAAGGAGAGGUGUCUGUCCCCCCGCAGGGGCAGCCGGGGUCUGCUGGUCUCUGCUGAUGGGCCUGAGCAUAUCUGAAAAGGACAGGUAGGAAGGGGGUGGCUGCAGUGUGUGCUGGCCGGACCCCAGGUGAUGCUCUGCUGGGACCCAGAGGGGGCUGCAGUGUGCGCUGGCCGGACCCCAGGUGAUGGCUCUGCUGAGACCCAGAGGUUGGUUGUAGGGGUGGGAUCCAGGUGGGUGGUUCUUCAGACAUUGCCUCUGAAGACACUUCAGAGUCCAGGCCCAGCAUCUGUGGCUUUCGGGCCAGGGCCCUUUGCUCACCGCCAGGCAGCUGGGAGAGCCUCUGGGCCCAGCUGUAAAUGUCUGAGAGCAUGGCUCCCUGGAGCAGGCUAGAGGGAGGAGGGCUGGUGACCUGAAAUCACACCCUAGAGUUUCCAGGGGCCUCAGUGAGGAGGGAAAGAGAGUGCUAGAACUGUGAGGGUGACUGCCAGAUAUGUCCCCCAGAAUCACGGGCUUUAGGUGCUGGAGGGGCCUCAGUGACCUUCCGCCUGGCCCCCUGCGGGCAGCACGCCUCUGCUGAGAGGCUGCAGGGGCCAGGGCUGGGGGCUGGCACUGCCUCUGGUGGCACGGACAUCGUCCUGCUCAAGGCUUGGCUGCCGGCCAGGAAGGCGUCUCUGCCCGCCCCGACAGGAGACCUGUGCAUGCCCACCCCGUGGCACGACUGGGGUCAGGAUCAGCGCCUGCUGCUGCAGCUGAGAUCCUGCCCUGUCCAUGGCCACAGGCGCACCCGGGGCCGGCCUCAGAGGCCGCUCUGGCCAGGCUGGGUGGAGGGCGGGGGCUGACCGCAGACCUGGGGCUACCACACCCAUGGGGGAAGGGCUGUGGCAACGUGGGCGCCUCCCGUUGGCUGGGCCGAGGCAGCCUCCCACCGGCUGCACAAGAGUUUCUUUAAGGAGUUUCCCCCGUGCGCGCCGGCAGCCUUGCGCUGCUCUCAGAGUCCUGACUUCCGUGUGCCCCCACCCGUGCAGGAAGCACCGCCCAGCCAUGGACGGGGAGGAGCAGCAGCCACCGCGUGAGGCCAACAUGGAACCUGUUGUGUCAUCAGAGGCUUCAGAGCCGGUGCCCAGGGUGCUUUCUGGGGACCCCCAGAACCUGUCCGACGUGGACGCCUUCAAUCUGCUCCUGGAGAUGAAGCUAAAGCGGCGGCGUCAGCAGCCCAACCUGCCACGCACUGUGACCCAGCUGGUGGCUGAAGAUGGGAGCAGGGUGUACGUGGUGGGGACAGCCCACUUCAGCGACGACAGCAAAAGGGACGUCGUGAAGACCAUCCGGGAGGUGCAGCCUGACGUGGUGGUUGUGGAGCUCUGCCAGUACCGUGUGUCCAUGCUGAAGAUGGAUGAGAGCACACUGCUGCGGGAGGCCCAGGAGCUCAGCCUGGAGAAGCUGCAGCAGGCCGUGAGGCAGAACGGGCUCAUGUCGGGGCUGAUGCAGAUGCUGCUGCUGAAGGUGUCUGCGCACAUCACCGAGCAGCUGGGCAUGGCCCCGGGCGGCGAGUUCAGGGAGGCCUUCAAGGAGGCCAGCAAGGUGCCUUUCUGCAAGUUCCACCUGGGUGACCGGCCCAUCCCUGUCACCUUCAAGAGGGCCAUCGCUGCGCUCUCCUUCUGGCAGAAGGUCAGGCUGGCUUGGGGCCUGUGCUUCCUGUCAGACCCCAUCAGCAAGGACGACGUGGAACGCUGCAAGCAGAAGGACCUACUGGAGCAGAUGAUGGCUGAGAUGAUCGGCGAGUUCCCGGACCUGCACCGCACCAUCGUCUCGGAGCGCGACGUCUACCUGACCUACAUGCUGCGCCAGGCCGCCCGGCGCCUUGAGCUGCCUCGGGCCUCUGAUGCCGAGCCCAGGAAGUGUGUCCCCUCUGUGGUUGUGGGCGUCGUGGGCAUGGGCCACGUGCCUGGCAUUGAGAAGAACUGGAGCACCGACCUCAACAUCCAGGAGAUCAUGACCGUGCCCCCGCCGUCCAUCUCCGGCAGAGUGUCUCGGUUGGCUGUGAAGGCUGCCUUCUUCGGUCUGCUGGGCUACAGCCUGUACUGGAUGGGCCGCCGCACUGCCAGCCUGGUCCUGUCGCUGCCCGCCAUGCAGUACUGCCUGCAGAGGGUGACUGAGGCCCGGCACAAGUAGGAGACUGCUCCCCGCCCGCUAGGGCCCCUGAGGAGCCAGUGCCCCCGUGGCACUCCUGGGUGCCAGGCGCAUCCUAGCCCGCCGGAGGCCCCUGCCACCCCCCAUGGGGGUCUGGGCCCGGCCUCGCCUGCCCUCCUGGUCCAGUCACCCCUCCCCCAGCCCACCCAAAUAAAGGAUUAUUUAACUGUCUGAGCUCAGGCCUCCCGGCAGCCCCUCCCCUCCCAUACUGCAGGAGCCGUUCACCGGCCUCUGGACAAGAUGCCCAGCUCCGAGGGGGCAGGGGCUUGGAGGAGGAGCCGAGGUGUGCGCUGCCCUCUGAGCCUUGGUGGCGGGCGGGGGACAAUGGCUACUGUCCCUACCUCACUGUGCCUUCCUGUGCUCCGGCCAUGGGAGCUUCAGCCCAGGGGCGGCUCCUGGGGGCUCCAGGGCAGGCGAGACUGGGACAAAGGCCCGGCCCUUGAGCUCCAGCCAACCCUGCCAUGCCCCCAGCCUCCUGGCCCCGGCCGCCACCUCCCCAGUGCCGUGUGCCUGCAGGGAUUCUGUGUUGUUGGCUUUUUUAAUGUCUCAAAAUCUUUUACUCAGGUAAUUUUAAUUUCAAAGAGAAAAACUGAAGUAAAUGUCAAAAAACACCAGCCUUAAAUCCAGGGGGACAGAAUUCGUGUUCUGGGGUCUGUCCCUAGUGGGCUUGUGUGCAGCCAAACAUCAGCUCUGGCUCCAGGCGCGGCCUCACCUGGAAGCCUGUGUCCUGAGCCCCCGGAGUGAGGGGUGCCCAGGGUGUCCUGGCCCUCUGUGGGCAGAGAAUGUGUGCGCCUAUGUGGAAGGCCAAGGACGUGGGCUAUGGCGGGGCCUGCCCCACUCAGGCCCCCUGCCCAGCGGCCGUCUGUGUGCGGGGCCUCCCUCCUGGCUGGCCAGGACACGCACAGCCUGUGCAGCCCCAGCCUGGACCCAGGUCAUCUCUGGUUGUGUCUGUCCCGACUCAGUGUUGAGUCAAAUCAGGUGUGCAUCCGGAGCUGGCCGUGUCCUUCCUGCCACACUCUGGGAUUCAUUCCUUAGAAACUGAAAUAAAUUCUAAUUUUGGAAA